AGGCAGCGUUUACAUGGAGCCCGUAAUGAGUUCAAACCGGUUUGACUUUCACCCCGGUUUGAAAUAGCCCUUCUGUUUACAUGAACAAUUUCGGUACGGCUUGGCGAAGUAAUAAAAUUCGUCAAAUCUUUUUUCUAGUUCCAGUCUUUUCCGCGCGUAUUUUUAGGAUUAUUUUCAAGAUGGCGACGAGCAAGACAUAUGCUAUGAAAAACUUCUCUAUGCUUAUAUCAUUUUUUUUAAGUUCGCUGGGUUCAUUGGUUGCUGUGUUUACGAGAAAUGUUGAAUAUCUACUAUCACUUCGUAGGCAACAGCAACGACAUCUGUUUAAUGCUGUGGAAGAUCACAAUGCUGUGCUAAGAAAAAUGCAGAAUUUAAAACAUAGGGUAAACAAAAGACGAAAAAGAAGAAGAUGGAUCAACCCAGGACGUACUGAUCUUUGGUGGCAAAAUUUAUACUCUGGAGCGUUGCUGGAACAGGAAUGGUGUCAGAACUUAAGAAUGGACUACCCUACAUUUAUGAAUUUAGUUGAUAAAAUCUGUGUAGAAGUUGAACCGGCACACAAUUCAUUUCGAAUAGACACUCUUUCUGCUGAGAAAAGAACAGCAAUGGUCCUAUAUUACUUGAAGGAUCAAGGCUCUUUACGGAUGACGUGUAAUACAUUUGGUGUAUCAUUAGCCACUCUUUCCAAAUCGUUAAGAUCAGUGUGUGGGGCAAUUAAUGAUAUUCUUGGUCCAGAGUUAAUAAAAUUUCCUCGUACAGAGGCUGAACUGAAACAUGCUGCAACGCUCUUCGAAAGCAAGUUUGGAUUCCCUCAAGCCAUCGGUUGUGUUGAUGGCACUCAUAUUCCUAUAAAAAGGCCAACUGAAAAUGCACAGGAAUACUUCUGCUACAAGAUGAAGUACUCACUGAAUAUACAAAGAUAAUAUAAUAACUAUGAAAAAGUCUAAAUAAUAAAAAUAAUGUUUUAAAAUAUAUAUAUAAAGUUUUUUCAACAUUUUUUUUAAAAAUAUAUCAAGCUUUUUAU